ACCGUCGCCCUCAGCGCGCCGACACCCUCACCAUGGUCGCCGAUUCACCGGCGACGCUGCAGUACCAGAUCGACUGUCUACGCGAAGCCCUGUGCCAACCAGAGACCGAAGAUUCCUGGGACAAGAUCCAACGCGCAAUCGAAAGCCUCGGCAAAAUAUGCAGCGAGAACAGCGAAGAUUACCAUCAGGUCGUCACCUCUGCCGUCCGGUCGCUCUCGCGGCCGCUGACGAGCGCAAUGAUUUCCGAACGCACACGCCUCUCAGGAUCAGCAGUCGACUUUGUUGGCGCGAUCGCAACCAGUUUGGAGAGGAACUUCGAAACCCUGAUACCCAUCUUCAUUCCAGGGCUGCUGACGUUGUGCAGUCGGACCAACAAGGUCUUCGGCACGCGCGCCAGGGCAUGCAUAUCCAUCAUCAUUGAGAUGACCCAGCUGGCCUCGCUGCUGCCCUAUUUCGUGCAGGCGGGCAAAGACAAGUCGGCACUCUUGCGACAUGCAGCCGCAGAAGCCGGUCUCGCCUGCCUUAACUCCUGCAACCCGCAAGAUCUCGAGAAGGAAUCCCGGAUUAGAGACAUCGAAACCAUGGUGCGCACAACGGCAAAAGACGCCAACGCGGACGUUCGGAAAGUUGGGAAGAAGAUCUUCCAAGCAUACCAGGCCUUGAUGCCUGACAGGAUAGCUGGGUUCGCGGCUCCAUUGUCGCCGACGCUACGGAAAUACCUCGAACUACCUGCUGGUCCACAAGCGCUCCCGAAGAAGGAAUCUCGCCCUAACUUGCGAACGCUCGUCAAGUCCAAGUCUCACGCCCACCUCUCAUCUUCCGCCUCCUCCGUGCGAUCAACCAGCCCCACCCUGUCAUCCUCCGUAGGCGUGGGCCCGCGAGUUCCCGAACGACCAAUGUCGUCAAUGAGCCGCGCACCGCCCGCCCCAAGCCACGCGUACUCCAAGUUGAGGAACGAGAUGGGCCCUCCACCACUCCCACAUACCCGCUCCCAGCCAGCGCAACCGCCUCAACGACCGCAAUCGACUCUAUCGAGGUCCACAUCGGCCAUGGAACGACCCAGGUCGAUGAUGCUUCCAUCCGUUGCUGCCCUGCGAACGGUUGCCCCUUCCUCGAGCUCCGAGUUAGGCGUUGCUGUGCCCCGCGCCCGAGUUACGGGUGCCGUAAGGGUGCGACCGGAGUCCAUUCACGGCAUGCCGUCCGCGGGGACGACAACGACAACGACAGCUGGGUCCACGGUCAUGGCACGGCGCGUGCCUGCCCGCGAGCCCUCGCCAACGGAUAAGGUCAAAGACGAAAAGAAGGACAAGGGUGGCCACCUCUUCAUCCCCAAGCGGCCCAUGUCCGCCGUGGACCCCGCCAUGGCGUCGACGUCCAGUGCGCGGUCCGAUAACGGCCACCGCAUCAAGGCGCCGCCGCCACCGCCCGUUCUCGGUAAGGGCAAGGAGAAGGAGACGUCGAAGCCGCUGCCGAAGAUCACGGCGAAGCUAACGACGUCGGCGCGGGCGGUAUCCGUCACCGCCAAGGACCGCGUGGCCUCUCAGUCCAAGCCCUCCGUCUCGCGACAGGCCUCGGCGACGAUGCAGCACGGCUCGCGCUUUGCGCCCUCGCGGUCGGCGUCUGGCACGCACCCCAAGCCGAGCCCCGCGGAUGAGGAAGGCGCGCCGGCGUUCCCGGUCACGGAGCCCGAGGCCGCCCAGGCCGCCCCCACCGCGCGCCCGACGCACAAGGUGACCGCGUCGCUGACGAUCAGCAAGGAGCGGCACGCGCCGCGGACGGGCGGGCUGUCGCAGCCGACGCAGGCCCAGCUCGCGCGGCAGCGACCGCCCGUUGAGCGCAAGGUUACUGCGCCGGCGCCGAGCAAGCCUGGCUGGGGCCGUACUGGCGCGGCCCCUCCGCCGCGGGCGCGCACGGUGUCGACGACGGCGAUCUCGAAGGCUGCAGCGGAUGCGGCGGCGAAGCCAGGCCCGCGACAGCGCGUGGUGAGCAUGCGCCCGGGCGCGCCUGCGCUGGUGAAGAAGUCGUCCGUGUCGAGUCUGCGGGUGGAUGCGGCGAAGGUGCCGCUGCCGCCAUCGCCGAUGCCGGCGGAGAAGAAGAAGCGGGCGACGCCGUCGCCGGCGCCUGUUGAAGAGGAGCCGGUGUCAGUUGAGGAGGAGCAAGCCCCUGCUGAGCAGCAGGAGCAGGAGCACCUCUCGCAGGUGUUGGAAGAGGAGGAUGUGUUUGAGGAGAAGAAGGUGCUUGAGCAGGCGAAGCCGGCGCCUGAGCCCGAGCCUACCCCCGUCGCGCCGGAGCCCACGCCUGUUGCAGCGGAGGCCGUUCCCCUGCCUGAGGAGCAGGAUGUUGAGGAGGCAGGGAGCUCAGCGGCCCAGGAAGCAGCCGAAAACCCCUUCCAAGACACCACCCCGCGCAAGUCCACCCCUCCCGCCGAGCCCAGCAACAUCGCCUUCCACACCACCGCUGCUACGCCACCUACCAACGCGUCCCCCAUGGUCCCCACCAACGCCGGGCCCGCCAUCACCCUCGACUACGACCCGAACUCGCAAUACGGCCCAAACUCUCACUACAACCCCACCACCCCCGCGCGCCUGACCUCCCACAUCCACCCGGGCGAUCUCGACAAGACGCCGAUCUCGCAGCUGCUGAUGAGCAUCGAGCGCGGGUUCCACUGGACGCCGGAGCCGCCCGAGCCGCUGACGCCGGCGGAGGCGUACCGGGAUAUGCCCGUCAUGAGCGGGGCGCUUGGGCAGCCGAUUCCGAUUCAUCUGAAGAAGCAGCCGGAAGGCGGGUAUGAUGCGUAG